AUCAAUAAUCACAUUCCUCCAAAAACCUGUGGGCUAUCGGCACCAACUCCAUAUUAUAUUGGAGAAGAGAGCUCCAGAGAGUGUCAUUUGUGGAGAGAUUUAUAUUCCAUCUCCCACAUCUCUAAAUUUCUCCUCAUAUAAUUUUUGUUGCAGCCUUUCACAUAGCUAUGCUGAGUAAAAGAACCCAUCCCAUGAUCGGAAGAUUAUCAGAAUUAUUGGUUUCCGGCAACCGGUUAGGAUUCUUGGAUGUUUCCACUAGUCCAAGUCCAAGAAGUCCGUUGGAGUACAGAAUUCAAUCACCUAGAGGUCUAAAGAAUUAUGAUCUUGGUGGGGUUGGAUUGGGUAUUGUUGCUGCCCUUGAGAAGUCUAGAAGUGAUGGAGGACAUGAAAUUUUACCAAAAUAUGCAAUUUGCAGUCCAAAUAUGAAUAGGUCGGAUCCUAUUCCUGUUAAAAAAUGUGAGAGGUGCAACUGUGGUGUCAAGGAAAUGGAGAUUGAGAGCUUGGAGGAUUAUACUUAUGUCACAAGCCAUGGACCUGACAAGUCCUUGACUAAGGUGUAUUAUGAUGAUGGAAAUAAAAAAGGGCGCGAUAGAAUUGGUGUUGAUGUUGUUUCUAUACCUAGAGAAUCGCCGGCGAGAUUUGUCGAUGAGUUUGCUAUGUAUCCCACUUCAGAAUUUCUCAGCUCUUGUCACUUGUGCAGGAAAAGGCUCCAUGGCAAAGACAUAUAUAUGUACAGGGGAGAAAAAGCUUUCUGUAGCAUCGAGUGCAGAUCAAGACAAAUAAUGAUGGAUGAACGCAAAGAACAGUGCAGAUCAGAGAUUCCAAGAUCUGCAGAUGUUACAAGCUCACCUUAUACAACGAGCCCCAUCUUCUCAACUGGAAUUCUUGCCAUUUGAACUUAUAAAAUCAUAUGUUUUCAUGGCUGAAACACCAGUAAUCACCCACUGCUAUACCUCCAACAUAAUUAUAUAGAUUUAUAUAUAGUAAUCAUGUAUACAUAUGAGAAUUUAUCGGCUCAAUAUUGAAAAGAGAAAAAAAAAAAAAAGCACAAUUUUUGUAAA